AGGAGAGUUACUACCGAUCGGCCAUGUCCCAGAGCUCGCAGCCCAGGGAAUUCCUCAGCCCAGAGGUGCUCCAGCAUAUCUGGGACUUCCUGGAACAGCCAAUAUGCUCAGUUCAGCCGAUCGAUCUGAACUUCAUCGAUGGCCCAUCUGAAAAUGGCUCUACAAACAAAAUAGAGAUUAGCAUGGACUGUGUUCGGGUGCAGGAUACAGAGCUGAAUGACCCAAUGUGGCCGCAGUACACAAACCUGGGGCUCCUGAACAGCAUGGACCAGCAGAUCCAGAAUGGCUCUUCCUCCACCAGCCCCUACAACACGGAGCACGCGCAGAACAGCGUCACGGCCCCCUCGCCUUACGCCCAGCCCAGCUCGACUUUUGAUGCCCUCUCACCCUCCCCAGCCAUCCCUUCCAACACAGACUACCCAGGACCUCACAGCUUCGAUGUAUCAUUUCAACAGUCCAGCACAGCAAAGUCAGCAACGUGGACGUAUUCCACCGAACUGAAAAAGCUGUACUGCCAGAUUGCCAAGACAUGUCCUAUCCAGAUCAAAGUGAUGACCCCACCGCCACAGGGAGCCGUCAUCAGGGCGAUGCCAGUCUACAAGAAAGCCGAACAUGUCACUGAAGUGGUCAAACGCUGCCCGAACCACGAGCUGAGCCGGGAGUUCAACGAGGGACAGAUUGCGCCUCCCAGCCACCUGAUCAGGGUGGAAGGGAACAGCCAUGCCCAGUACGUAGAAGACCCCAUCACCGGGAGGCAGAGUGUGCUGGUCCCCUACGAGCCACCCCAGGUUGGUACGGAGUUCACGACAGUCUUGUACAACUUCAUGUGUAACAGUAGCUGCGUGGGAGGGAUGAACCGUCGCCCGAUCCUCAUCAUUGUAACGCUGGAAACCAGAGAUGGGCAAGUCUUGGGCCGCCGGUGUUUCGAAGCCCGCAUUUGCGCUUGCCCAGGCAGAGAUCGCAAAGCAGACGAGGACAGCAUCCGCAAGCAGCAAGUCUCCGACAGCACAAAGAAUGGUGAUGGUACGAAGCGCCCUUUUCGACAAGGAACUCAUGGUAUACAGAUGACAUCUAUCAAAAAAAGACGUUCCCCAGAUGAUGAGCUCUUAUACUUACCGGUGAGGGGACGGGAGACAUAUGAAAUGCUACUGAAGAUCAAAGAGUCCCUGGAACUAAUGCAGUACCUUCCCCAGCACACGAUUGAGACCUACCGGCAGCAGCAGCAGCAGCAGCACCAGCACUUGCUCCAGAAGCAGACCUCCAUGCAGUCACAGUCAUCCUACGGCUCCAACUCUCCACCGCUCAGCAAAAUGAACAGCAUGAACAAGCUGCCCUCGGUCAGCCAGCUAAUUAACCCCCAGCAGCGCAAUGCCCUGACCCCAACCACCAUCCCUGACGGCAUGGGAACCAACAUUCCCAUGAUGGGCACCCACAUGGCCAUGACCGGUGACAUGAAUGGCCUCAGCCCCACGCAGGCGCUGCCUCCUCCCCUCUCCAUGCCUUCAACAUCCCACUGCACCCCCCCUCCUCCGUACCCCACAGACUGCAGCAUCGUCAGCUUCUUAGCGAGGCUGGGCUGCUCAUCCUGUGUGGAUUAUUUCACGACCCAGGGGCUGACCACCAUCUAUCAGAUUGAGCAUUACUCCAUGGAUGAUCUGGUGAGCCUCAAGAUCCCAGAGCAGUUCCGCCAUGCCAUCUGGAAGGGCAUCCUGGACCACCGACAGCUCCAUGACUUCUCCUCCCCUCCCCACCUCCUGCGCACCCCCAGCGGCGCCUCCACCGUCAGUGUGGGCUCCAGUGAAACCCGGGGAGAGCGGGUCAUCGACGCGGUCCGUUUCACGCUCCGGCAGACCAUUUCCUUCCCACCCCGUGACGAAUGGAAUGACUUCAACUUCGACAUGGAUGCCCGGCGCAACAAACAGCAACGCAUCAAGGAGGAAGGGGAGUGAGCCCUGCGGACCCCUCUCCACCCUGCCUCGGCCACAAACUGCUCAGCCCUUCAUUUGUCUUCCUUCUGCUUGGUACUGCACCCCUGGACAAAGGGCGGAGGGAACCUUCUUGCUCAUUCAUGCUAGGUUAUGCCCUUGAUGCUGUCUAGGUCAUACUCCUGGACCGCGACCUCCACCCCAGCUCUUGCAAGGGGAAGAGCUGAGCGAAGGGGGAAGGCGGGUGGUAUUUCCUUGAAAGCCGUUGACCUUCUCGAGAAGGUGGUGUUCUUGUUUCAUGUUUUCCUUUGGGGAGAGGGCUUCUUUUCUUGACUUUUGAAUCCUCGCACACCUUGUGGGCAUCCUGACCUGCAAACUUGUCUCUCUCAUCCAGCGAUCCUGCUUUGAAACGCAGGAAGGUUAAAGUAAUUUUUUAAAAAGAAAAAAAAAAAAAAAACAACCAACGCAAAAAACAACCAACCCCCAAAAUCCCCAACCUUGAAACAAAAUGCAAAAAAACCCAAAGGCACCAAACCCUGAACUGGUAGUUCAUCCGAAAAAUAAAUGGGAAUCGGUCUGCUGAACGUUGCACUUAAACAGCCUCUUCCCACGGAGCUGAGUGCUCUGUUCAUGUGUAAUAUUCUCCAGCGGAGACAGCACAUGCACUUUGCUGGGCAGGCCAGCGCUUACGGCCACCUGCAACCCACUUUUUCCUUUUCCUUUGCCUUCUCUGGGGGAAAAAAAACAACCUGCUGUCUCUUCUUGUUUUGAAUUCACAUUCAUGUGUAUGUCCUGGCUUGCUUUUUCAGGAUAUAAUUGCAAAUACAGCCAUCUGCCGCUCCUAACUUCUGUUCACCACCCAACCAUUAGCCAUUCUGUGCAACUACUGACAUUUAAGCUAGAGAAUUAGGCUUUGCCACAUAUGUAGCCUGGCUAGUUUAGCAUGAGGAUUUGCCUGCCUAACCUCCAGUUGAACAGAGGACCAACUGAGAGCUACACACUGAUUUUUAGGGCUUCAUCUAUCCUACACCCGGACAAUCUUUUAUUUAGACCAUGCUAGAUUGGUUUCCUGCCAAGUAGAACCGUCUAUAGAUAUAUAUGUAAUAGGCUGGAGCCUGUUGUGGUUAGUUGCCGGUGACUAUAAACUAAGUGAUGAGCAACCAGAAGUGGAGAGUAAAACAAGAACGAAAUUUCCAGCUGCCUUGAAACAAGGACCAGUUCCUGGUAAUAUGAGUGUUGCCACUGAAAAAUAGUCGUGUUUACAUGAGAAAUUGAUUUUUCUCUGGUUUUUUUCUUUAUUGGUUCUACAGCAGCUGUGUUCUGAGGCAUUUCCUCUGACUGCCAGUGUUCCUGUGGACAAGGAACUGAACAGAGUGCGUGUUUUCACAUUCAUAUAGGCCAAGGUAGUGAGACGCUAACCUACACAAAACAAACCUUACCUGAGGAGCUUGGCUCAACACAGCUUCUUUCAAGUUGGCUUGCUCUUUUUAACAGUAAGCUUGUCUUUUUUUUUUUUUUUUUUUUUUUUUUUUUUUUUGACUGGGGAAAGAUGUAAAAACCGGCUUAAAUGACUUGUCAUCCUACCUGGCUACAACCAAAUAGUCUCGUUUCAAUGCAGCGGCUGUUUUCUGGGCCCUGCUGUGUGCCACGUAUUUCAUUACAGUCCGAUAUUGUUAGCAUCCUCCUCCAUCUGCCUGUUGUGCCAGGUCAAUGUUGCAUUCAAAGACUGCCUUUCGGUAACUGUGCAAAAGCCUAUUUUGGAUAGCUCUAAAUGGUAAUGCAAGAUGGUUACCCUGUAAAGCGUGUAUAUAAAUAUUUUUUUGUAUGUGUAAUUUUUGUUUCCUACAGCAUAACAUGCCGAUUUUUACUUCUUCUUGGGCUACCGGGUAUGACAGAACCACAAUGAGAUGUUGUUUGUUUUCUGUUGUUUUUUUUUUUAAUUAUUAUUUUUAUGCCGAACGCUUACAGUAUACUGUGUAACAAAUUACCACUGAACAGAUGUAUUUGUAUUUUUCAUACUGAGAUUCCUGUGUUACUUUGCAGCUGAGGGGGGAGGGGGCAGGUACUGAAAGCCUGUUUUAUCAUUUUAUUUUGUAACACUUCAAAGACCAGCGUCCUAGAUUUCAAAGUAUUUAACAUGCUCAGUGUGAAAACUUACUAUGUCGUCUUUUUUUUUUUUUUUUUUUUUUUUCUCCUAUAUGCUACAAAAGAAGCGAGUCCUCCUGCUCUUGACUUGAUGCAAGAAUUAAUCCAGCGGGGCAGUGUUAGUGCGGGGGAAAGAGUUAGUGCAGGUACUCUGCAAAUUCCUGGAGGUGAACUAGGUUGUGCCCUUCUCGCCUCCGAGGUUUUGCAUCUCCAUUGUGUAAUCCUUCUGAGCUGCUUCAGUAUUGUACAGAUAUUGAUGCAAAAAUACCAUUGUUUUAGGAACUAGGAAGCUUCUGACUAUAAAGGUAAAUGCAACUAAUGCUGUGCCCAGAGUCUGGGUGCAAGAACUUCAGUAUCUGCUUUUCAACUCAGCAGUGAGAUGGAGCUUUUCUGCUGCAUCACUAAUGAUCAAAAUAUAUGCUGUGAAAACCUUCUUUCUACUGUAUACCACUGUGGAGCCCACCUCUGUAUAACUGGAAUCUUCAAGUGAGUUUGAACUGCUGUAGCUUUUACCCUCCCCUGUAGAGCUGUGAUUUUUUUUUUUGUUUGUUUUUGUUGUUGUUUUGUUUUGAUACAUCUAAGCGGAUGGGUUAAUUGAGCUGAGAAUCUGCCAAUGCUUGUAGCAAUGACAGCGUUGACUGC